GAGCAGAGCUGUGUGCUGGGCAGUGAGAAGCUCUCAAGUCCACUCUGCACACUGAUCCAUGCAGCAGCAGCGGCAAAGGUGAAGGACGGACAGGACCGACAUUCAACCUGCACUUCUACGGCAUAUUGAUUAGCUGUAUUUUGUCAGCUCCAAGCAUGGCGGUGUGAGUGUGUGUGUCAUUUUGUGUGUUUGGUUUGCCUGUUUUCAGACUCCAGUGAUUAUAUUGGGAACCAACUGAAAAAAGUGUGUGGGUAAAGAUGAUCGAGCUGGGUCUCGCUGAUGGGAGCCUAAUCGACGAGCUGAUGGAGCUGACGGCACAGAGCCUCAGUCACCUGGAGAUCCAGGAACACUUCAACAUCAUCAAGGAGAUCGGUCGAGGGAAAUAUGGCAAAGUGCUGCUGGUCACACAUCGCUUCAGGGGGACUCCCAUGGCCUUGAAAGUGAUGCCCAAAGCCUCGACUAAGCUGCAGGGCUUUCUGCGAGAGUACUGCAUCUCCUUACACCUGUCCUGCCACCCCUGCAUCGUGGGCCUCUUUGGCAUUGCCUUCCACUCUAAUGAGCACUACUGCUUUGCCCAGGAGCUUGUCAUUGGGAGGGACCUGUUUGCUGUCAUCCAGCCAAAGGUGGGUAUCCCAGAAUCUUCAGUAAAACGUUGUGUCCUCCAGAUCGCUAGUGCUUUGGAGUUCAUCCACAGCCAUGGCUUGGUCCACCGUGAUGUCAAGCCUGAAAACAUCCUCCUGUUGGACAAUCACUGCUGCCAGGUAAAGCUGGCAGACUUUGGUCUGGCCCAGAAGAGAGGUACUCUGAUACGCUUCAUCACAGGAACCCUGCCCUACAUGGCCCCAGAGCUUUGUACCCUGGCCUUGCUGGAGGGCCAGAAAGAAGUGACCACUCCUCCACUUAGUGUGGAGCCAAGCCUGGACACCUGGGCCUUUGGGGUGGUCAUCUUCUGCAUCCUUACAGGCUACUUCCCCUGGGAGCGCUGCAUGGACUCAGAUGACUUCUACCAGGAGUUUGCAGACUGGUGUAGAACGGAGGAGAGACCUAACACUGAAGAGGACAUUCCUCCUUUGUGGAAAAGGUUCACACCAGAAGCCAUGGAGAUGUUUGGCAAGCUCCUGGCUCUGGAUGCAGGAAAGAGGUGUACAGUGGGGGAAGUGAGAGCGUAUGUGGAGAAGGACUGGCUGAAGAAGGCACAUGGGACCGUGCAGCAGCAAACAGCAGAAAAAGUAAAAGUCAGUGCCUCCGGGAAUAAUCCUGGGAAUGGCGAGGUGGAGGAUCAGCCUAAUACUUAGUAACAUACUGCAUUUUUAUAUAAUCCAUAGCUUCUAUAUGACUUGACAGCAUGUAAAAUAUACAAUAUAGACAUUAAAUCAUAGCUGCCUGCUAUCAGGCAUGUAGCAGCAUUUGUAGUGAUGUCACCUAUGGUGUUUACAUCAUAUAGAGAGGUGACAUAUUAUUCUAAAGCUUGUGUCAACAACAUAAACAAAGAGUCUACAGAUGCUGGAGUUCCUGUGGUGGAAGAAAUACUCAGAUCCUUUACUUAAGUAAAAGUCAUAAAUUCAACAUUUUACUUAUUUACUUAGUAAGAAAAUAAGCAUUAUAUGCAAAAUGCUAACUUAUUUUACAUCUUAAAAGUUAAAAUACUUAUUAUACAUUAUAUUAUUGGAUAAUUAUUACUGAUGCAUUAAAUGUAAGUAGGAUUAUAAUGUUUAGUUGGUAAAGAUAGAGCUGGUUUUAACUACUUUAUACUUGCACCACUAAAGUACAAUAUCAACUAAGGUGGGUCCUGCAUUAUUAUCUAAUCUCUGUGGCCGUGUUAUGUAGAAGACUAAAUGUUAGUUUAUACUGCACUCACAUGGGAACAGGUCAUACUCUAGAAUAGGAGUACUGGUUGGUUUCGGGGUCAUAGUCAUAAAAUGAAGGAGGGGCCCAAAAACAAUUGUCAAUCCAGCUAGAUCCAGAUCUAUUUUAUAGAUAAUUCUAUGUUUUGAAUGUAAAAAAAAAAAAGUAACUGCAGCUGUCAUAUAAAUGUAAUAGCAUAAAAAGUACAUUAUUGCCCCCCUGAAAUGUAAUGGAGUAGAAAUAUAAAGUAGCAUCAAAUGUAAA